GGCUGUGUCUGACUCACGCUAAUUUGACACACCUGGAGCGGCUGGAGGCGGCACGCGCGCCUCGCGCCCUUUUCAGCCGAGCACAAACGGACGCUUUCCGGUGGCGGAGAAGACGCUUUUUUUAAAGAAGAUUUUAGAAGAUGGUGGAGGCGAAUUAUACCGCUGAAAUGAAGCGGGCGAGCCGUUUAUUGAGCGCCGCUGCCGUGUGACUGACAGACGGGGGGCGACGGGACGUGACGGACAGGUAAACAGCUGUGCGGUGAAAGCCAAUGGCCGGUUGUCCGUGACGUGAACACCUCGGACUGUGAAGCAAUGGGAACGUCGUAGCCGCCGACGCCGAGACGGUGGGGCGCGGUAUCGUCUGCGCUCCGAGACACUCCGGAGGACACAAGACCGGAGACACGGACGGAGACGGCUGUGCUUUUGUGUCGGCGGGGACAUGGCAGCGGCCAUCGCCAGCGGCUUGAUCCGCCAGAAGCGGCAGGCGAGGGAGCAACACGCUCACCGACCCACCCCGCACCGGCGGAGGAAGAGCCCCGGCAAAAAGCCGGGGCUGUGCAACGGGAACCUGGUCGACAUCUUCUCCAAAGUCCGGAUAUUCGGCUUAAAGAAGAGAAGGCUACGGAGACAAGAACCACAGCUGAAGGGCAUAGUGACCAGGUUGUUCUGCAGGCAGGGCUUCUAUCUCCAGAUGGGCCAGGAUGGAAGUCUGGAUGGGACCAAAGACGACAGCACCAACACCUCUCUGUUCAACUUAAUUCCCGUGGGUCUCAGAGUUGUGGCCAUCCAAUCAGUCAAGACUGGUCUCUACAUCGCCAUGAACGGAGAGGGUCACCUCUACUCCUCAGAACUGUUCACCCCGGAGUGCAAGUUUAAGGAGUCUGUGUUUGAGAACUACUACGUCAUCUACAGCUCCAUGCUCUACAGGCAGAAGGAGUCGGGCCGCGCCUGGUUUCUGGGCCUCAACAAGGAAGGCCAGGCCAUGAAGGGAAACCGAGUCAAGAAGACCAAACCAGCUGCACAUUUCCUGCCUAAACCUAUAGAAGUUGCGAUGUACCGAGAGCCUUCGUUGCACGAUGUAGGGGAGGCGGUGCCUAAGCUCGCCGGGGGCCCGCCUUCCAAAAGCACAACCAGCGAGCCAGUGGUCAUGAAUGGCGGCAAGCCUGUCAGCAAACCUGACAAGGAAGCGACAUAGCCCCGCCCCCAGUAUCUUUCCCUCUCUCACCCGGCUAAGCGGAGUCCAGGAAAAGCCAGCUACUCUGCAACAAAUGCGACAAAACAAACUCAAAGCCAAGUUUGGACUCGUCGGCAGCGGGGAGCCACACCAGGCACCUCACUGCUCACCUUAUUGGACAUAACUCAUGUUGUAGGCAGCAGAGCGCUAGACAGGAAGAAGAUGGCGACAGCAAGCAGCUUGACCUUCCCUUGGAGAAGACAGGCUUCGCGAAAUGUCAACAACCACAAAAAGUACCCAAGUGUCGUAUCCACCGGUGUUUUCCUGUGACAAUCUGUUACUAAGGGGCCUGCUUUUCCUCCUCUGAUAGUCAACUGUUCUGUCACCAAAUGUGCUUGCUGGCUGCGGGCCUCAGACGCACGUACACGCACACAAGCUACACAACAUUUUUAAAUCAUUAAGACAAACAUGACGGAGUGAUGAGGACGCAGCCGUGCAUUUAAAUCUGUCACACAUUGUUCUGAUUCGACACGUUUUGUUCUUAUUUGACAGGCACUGUCUAUCAUUUUCGUUUAUUGCUUUGUUGGUAGCUUAUCAAAAGGCUGAUGGAAGACCAAGCUGCUUGGUUGUACAGAUACAGAACUGACUUCAGUUGCUACCUCCCUGUCAGCCGCUUAAAGCAUGCUAUGACAUCCGCACUCGAGAAUCCCAGCAAGGACUUGCUCAAAUCGGCACAUCGCUUGAAACGAAGACAAGUGUUUGUAGCACCAAGCAGAUGAAGGCGAAGUUUCAGGCAGCAAGGUAGCAGUGUUGUUUACAUGGAGUAGCAGAGGACAAGUAGAAUGUAACUGAAUGGAAAAGCUCAAGCCUACACUCUCAGAGGAUGGCUUGCCACUGCUUGGGCUCUGGAAAGGUACAUGGUUACCAUGGUGUCCAAGAAGUAGUCCUUUGGGUACAAUCGCACAGUUUGUACCUUUUAGAGACAGAUAUGAGCUCCUAUUCCUGGCGGUGUAUCAAAACGUGCUGCCGUCCCAAGAACUUGAAUUUUAAAGGUAAGAGUGAGGGUAAAAGUGAACAGGGUAAAUCGUGUUAAAGUCACUUAGUUUGAGGCACUGCAUACAGAGGUGUGUGUGGCUUGUGACAAGAAGGCAGUUUUAAUGUACUGGCUUUUAAUAGCUGGUAAAAGGUUUGAUGAGACCUUCUAACGGCACAGGUAUUUUAGCCUCAAUCGAAAUAUCGCAUGACAAGCUCUAGUGUGGGGAACUGCAAGGAAAGAAAAUGGAGUACCCUCCUUAAUGAAAGCAAACCAAAUAGAAUCCUCACUGUGACCGUCCACUUAGCUCGGAUCUGUUCAAGACUUGAAUCCUUGUUCAAAACCCGGGCUUUUGGUUCCGAUGCCAGUGCACCACACUGGUGUUCACUCAUAUAUUUUCUGUGAGUAGAUACGAAUACUGUGAUCCUACUCGUCCAGUUAGCGGCAGUAAAAGAGACGCUAGAGGCUCAGCAGAUGUGAUUUCAGUAGCUGUCCCUCCCUUUGGACUGGACCGAGAUAAAUGACCACGAAGACAGAAACGAGGCUGUGUCACUAAUCAGACGAGCUGUAUCCCCUCAGCAACAGGUGGAAUAAAAUGAAACCGCUCGCACGUCAGGACCACAGCUCUAGGCUUUACUCCCUAGUUGAAGAAAAUGUUGUUACCUCCCCUCUGGUACCGUGACCUCUUGUUAAAACAAGUGAACUUGAAUAAUGUGUCUGCUCUGCGACUGAAACGACAAAAUAGCAGCAAGACCGGUGUACUUAGGACAAAACUUGUCAAGUGUAUUUCUGCUGUUGUCUCACCGGGAAGUUGUGUUGUAGUUUCUCUCAUCGCUGGUUGUUGGUUUACACAGUGGAACCUCUGAAGGCCGACACCCCGAAGUCCUUUUAUUCACAAUUUCACCAUGAAAAAUAGGCCUCCUAAGUCGCUUGAUACUUUAACAAUACAAUGCUUUUUGGGGGAUUUUUUGACUUACUUAUUCCAGAAGAAGAGCCAGUCUUACCAGCAGUAUGAAGAAAGUGUAAGAGGAUACUCCUUCGUCAACGAACCAAUUUUUUGCUAUAAGUCACAUUUUACUAUUAACAGUGGUUAAAUUUGCUGUGUGUGUGAAUGUUCAACAUAAUAGCACAUGUUGCCAUUAGUGGUUUAAAAGCGCGGCUGAGCAAAUAAAUGUCUACUUACAUCACAAUUACAAAUAAAAUAAAAUAAAUGUGGUCCGAAUACGAUUAAUGCCGUUAAUGGGUGUCACUCGCGGCUGUCUCGAACAAACAUGCGCACUCAGAGUUCGUGCACAUACAGCACACACAAAAGCAGUCCCAGAGAAGCGACUAACAAUCCAGGGUGUCUUAGAAGAGUCCACUAUUUGACGAUUCAACUUGUAGGAAGUCUGAUUCGACAAUCAACUUUGCAGUCGAAUUGUCAGACAUCGAAUUGAGUUGUGUACCCGAGGCCCCCCUUUUAAAGCGGGUUUGUUGGAAGGACGUUCAGAGAUAAGGGCUGCGAGGCUCGUUGUACCGUGCCGCCAAACACGAAGCCCGCCAUAACACUGCACGCCUUGUGCCCGCUGGUGGGAUCCGCCGGAAACUGGAAACUGGACACGGCACGCGUCGAACACGGAAAGUGUAGCUUCCACCAGUUCGUUCGGGCACGAGUCCUCCCUCACGGCUGCUCUCUGGCAACGAUAAUGAUCAUUCCGCAAGUUCACCUACGAAAAUCUUGUUACAACUUUUACUUCCUCUAAUUCAAGCCUUGAGAGUCUUCUCAGUGCUUCACCACCUUAACUGGGUCGAUCUGAAGACUCUACUAAACCACCCAAUCUCUGUGGUUUAGCCUUUUUAGGUGCACAAAGUUGCACAUGAGAUCUGUUUGAUAGGAUCCCCACUAGCUCCGUCAGAUGAAUCAGAUUAGGGCUGGGCGAUAUGGCCUUUUUUUAAUAUCUCGAUAUUUUUAGGCCAUAUCGCGAUACACGAUAUAUAUCUUGAUAUUUUGCCUUAGUCUUGAAUGAACACUUGAUGCAUAUAAUCACAGCAGUAUGAUGAUUCUAUGUUUCUACAUUAAAACAUUCUUGUUCAUACUGCAUUAAUAUAUGCUCAUUUUAAGCUUUCAUGCAGAGAGGGAAAUCACUAUUCAUUAAUUCAACAGUUAAGCAGUGGCACAAACAUUCAUGUCAUUUCAAAACAAAGUACAAGAAUGUCAGAGACAUUUUAAAACAAGCUAUUAGUGCACUUUUGUGCAUGAUGUCACUAAGAUGACAAAUCAAAACAACACUAAAUUAAAGUGCACUUUUUGCACAGAAUGCCACUACAAUAGUUUAAAACAAAUAAAGUGCACUUUUGUGCAUGAUGUCACACAAGAUAUUUCAAUAACUGUCAAAUAAAAAUGAGCUGCAUAAUAGGAAAUCAAAUAGUGUACGUCCUUCGCUAUGUGGUAGCUUCCGGCAGACGUUAUCUCCUGAUGUCGUUUUUUUUUUUUCAUACGGUGUUGAUGUGGAAAUGGUUGCCUCGGCAUUUUGUUGGUGUGGCACCGAACGGAGAUGUUGACAUGCGGAGUAAGCACUCUUCAUUCUCUAGCAGGUGACUUUUCAAAUGAUGCUACAAAUUAGCAGUAAUGCUACUUUUUGUAGCAACACUUUUGCUCCACACUUGACAAAUUACGGUUGUCUGUUCGACAUAUUCCCACUUGACGCCAAACCACCGCCAGACGAUGGACCCCGCGCUGUUUUUCUUGGGAAUUAAUUCUUCCUUCAUUUGUUACCAAAUUCGCACCUUCUUUCUCUCGUAUUACCACUCGCAUCACAGCUAACGUUACCCAUGCCGCUACCUCUCUGCUCCGCGAGGGCGUAUACGUAUGUGACGUAUGUAAGAAGGUGCGCUUGUUUAUGUCUCUGUGAGAAGGAGAGACUAGAAAGAGUGAGAAGAGCCUGUAGUGCAUGGGUGUCAAACUCUGGCCCUUGGGCCAAAUUUGGCCCGCCGUGUAAUUUCAUUUGGCCCUUGAGGCGAUAUCAAAUUAACACUAAAGCUGGCCCGCCGAUUAUAUACAGCGACGGUGCCGCGGUAACACAGCAUUCACCGCUAAUUCUCAUACUUGCAAACCCUCCCGGGAGAGUACCAGAUUUCAGUGCUCGUCCCGAAAAUCGUCACAUCCGCUUUUCAUCCAGUCCAACGAGUGCUGGCCCAGUCACAUAUGUGCGGCUUCUGCACGCACACACAAGUAAAUGCAAUUCAUACUUGAUCAACAGCGAUAAAAGUUACACUGAGGGUUGCCGUAUAAACAACUUUAAGUUUUUCCGGGAGCUACAAGGUAGCGUCCCGGAAGAGUUAGUGCUGCAAAGGGUUCUGGGUAUUUGUUCUGUUGUGUUUAUGUUGUGUUACGGUGCGGAUGUUCUCCCGAAAUGUGUUUGUCAUUCUUGUUUGGUGUGGAUUCACAGUGUGGCGUAUAUUUCUAACAUUGUUAAAGUUAUUUAUACGGGCACCCUCAGUGUAACCUGUAUCGCUGUUGAUCAAGUAUGCGUUGCAUUCCCGUGUGUGUUCAUGCAGAAGCCGCACAUAUCUUGUGACUGGGCCAGCACAUUGUUAGAAUGGAUGAAAAGCGGACGUUAAAGGCAGUGCCUUUAAAGCACGCCCCAAAGACUGUGGUCCAGGUGGACUACGAUGAACACCUUGGUUGGAUAAUGAAGGUUGCCUCAGCUCAAAGCCUGAGCCCUGACAUUAAUGAACUAGCAUCCCAGAAAAGAUGCCAGGUAUCUGGCUUGGGCACAUCAGAUUAGAUCAGUGUGUUGAAACUGAGCCGUUUAAAGUCCUGAAUGGUUGGUUUAUUCAUUAUUUUAUUUUCAAAUUUAUUAGCCUGUGGAAAAAGUUAAUGUUGAUAUUUACCUCAGAAGGCUGCAAAGAGAAAAGAGGCAUUCAAUUUUUAUUUAAAUUGUAUUUGAUAUGCCAUUGAUAAUUUUUUAUUAUUAUUAUUUGAAACUCGAUUUUGCAUGUCACUAUAAAGUUAUAUAAGCCUUGCUGGUUCAAUAUUCAAUGCAAAACUUGUUUGGGUCCCUAUUAAAAGGUUAAUUUGUUCAACCUUGGCCCGUGGCUUUGUUCAGUUUUAAACUUUGUCCCAUUCUGUAUUUGAGUUUGACACCCCUGAUGUAGUGUAAUGCCUGCAGCUAAAAGCAACUGCGUGAGAACGUAUACUCGAAUAUCACGAUAUAGUCAUUUUCUAUAUCGCACAGAGACAAACCCGCGAUAUAUCGAGUAUAUCGAUAUAUCGCCCAGCCCUAAUCAGAUGCAACUAUGAAAAUCGGUAGCUGAAGAUAGCCCUAAUCUGCAGUUGUUGUUACGACUGCUAUACAUUCAAUGAUGGCUAACAUUAGUUGCCAAAAGUUGCUAUCAUUAGUUGGCGUGCUCGGAGCUAGAAACAGUAACAGUAACAUACCCGUAAUAUAAUGCUUGCAGCACGUUCUAAAAACAGUUGUAUUCUUAUGUGGGGCAUAAGGAAUCACGAGGUGCAGCCGUGACAAGAUUUCCUUCACAAUAGUUUCAAAAAUAUGAAUAUAUCAGGGUCUGCCCAGUGUGCCAGGACAGAUUGUGUUUGACCUUAGAGGCUCCACUGUACACCAAAUGUUGAGACGCUGGUGAAUCCAGCGCACCUCACCAGACUAACACGCGCCACGCACUGAUGAGAAAGAAGUCUUUAGGCUGGUGUUGUACUUGUCUCGCGUCAACGAAAUAUUGAUUGUUAACGUGCAUUGUGACACUCGUUGUAACAUUGUUGCUAGGAAAUAAGAAAUCUAGCCCUGACAAUCAGGUAUAUCGUCUAUGUAUCCCCUUAUAGUCAUGGUCCACCGCCGCAGAGAUUGUUUGAGCGCAGAACUUGGUCACUGAUUUGUUUGCAUCACAUUCAGUAACACGACUUUGAAAUCUCACCGUAGCCGAAUCUUACAGAUUUAGUUCCAUUUGCAUUUGAGUUGUUGUUACUGAUGACUGUUUUGUUCAUAGUACAUAUACAUGUUAUGUUAUUGAAUUCAUAUCACGUGUGGCCCUGUGCUGGAAGAGUCUAUUCAGAGAAGCCCACCUUGUCAGGGUAGUUAGCAGCAGCUGUUGAGGAUCUGUGGCAUAAGUUGUAGAAUAAUGACGGUCCAGUGAAAAAACAUCCGUGGACCAAAGAUGCAGAUAUAACAGGGUUUUCCAGGGUGAUAAUCACACAUCCUGACGCGGCACGCAAUUACUGAGAGUAUGUCCUGAGAGGUUUUUCCCCACUUAGUGGUUGGCUCGGCGCUAAGGCUACAAUUAUGAGCAACGCACACAGAAAGAGCGUCCACUUUAAUUAGAAGGGAGCAAUCAUGCUAAACCCGGGUGACGUUUAAUUUCCACUCAUGUGCCACAUUGCAGAGUGGACGUGCAGUAAUCAUUUGUGACCAGUGCGGGCGCACUUUAGAGACAUUUAGAGCUGCGCUCGUGAUGUAGCUGGUCUCUUUCAGGUUCACUCUGUUCCUCUGACAGAAAGAAGGCCUUAUUACACAGACACACACCAUAUGACUUAUCAGUAAUCCUUUGCGCCGCUCUGUUGUGUCGGCUGUAUCUAAGCUAGGUAGGGCGCUUAUUAUGUCCUCCUAUUGCUGCUCGGACUGUUUCCACUUGUUGCACGUGUUAUCAAAAUGGACCAAUGACGUGGGUGGUUGGCAAAGGGGCUAGUGCAUGUUGUCUUGUAGGAAAUGUGUGCUAAAAACAAAGCAGCUUUUAGCUCAAUUCUGCUCCUGAUUUACACCAAUCGAUAUGCCUGACAGCAUUUCAAAGAACACUUGUUUGGGUCACGUAAAGAUGAAAAGCAGGAGCGAGUAAAACAAGCUGGCAUCUCACCUGUGUGAAUCCUGUACUGUUCUAGUGAGCUGGGUAGCAAAAGGUGGCUCGUACUGUCUGCUGUCUUUCAGUAAAUGUUCAGUUCCUCUUAUGUCCAUAAUAUGCAAACAAAUUAUGUCUGCACUGUACAGUUUGUGUCUCACCUAUUGUAUACACACAGAACAGAACAAUAUUAAAGAUUUAUAGAAAGAAAGCAUGGAUUGCCGACAAAUUCAUUUCUUGCAGUACACCUCAAAAUGACUUAUUGUCCCUUUCUGACAAUGUCAACCCACCCAUAUUGCAGGUCAAUCAGUAGCACCAAAAGUUAACUGACUUUAAAUGAACAGAGACAUUACCGAGUUUGUUUCUUGGUGUUUUGUGCAAAGCAGGGAUGUAACGAUUACCAGUAUUAAUGGUAAACCGUGGUAUUUCCCGAUAAUCAAUAAUAUUGUCUGAAAUUAAAAUGAUCGUAAAACCCUAAAUCAGUGGUCCCCAACCUUUUUGUAGCUGCGGACCGGUCAACGCUUGAAAAUUUGGGGGGGUAUUUAUUUUUUAAUUUAAAAAAAAAAAUUUUUGUCAUAAAGAAAUACAAUCAUGUGUGCUUACGGCAUACUUGCCAACCCUCCCGGAUUUUCCGGGAGACUCCCGAAAUUCAGCGCCUCUCCCGAAAACCUCCCGGGACAAAUUUUCUCCCGAAAUUCAGGCGGUACUGGAGGCCACGCCCCCUCCAGCUCCAUGCGGACCUGAGUGACUAGUCAACAGCCUGUUUUCACGUCUGCUUUCUCACAAUAUAAACAGCGUGCCUGCCCCAAUCACAUUAUAACUGUAGAAUGAUCGAGGGCGAGUUCUUGGUUUCUUAUGUGGGUGUAUUGUUAGGCAGUUUCAUUAACGUCCUCCCAGCGUGGCAACAACACACAACAACAGCAGUCACGUUUUCGUCUGCCGUAAACAGCAAUGUUGUGACACUCUUAAACAGGACAAUACUGCCAUCUACUGUACAUGCAUAUGUGACAAUAACAUCUAGGGCUUUUAGAGAGUGCAGUGCACAACUGCGCACACAACAAGGAGACGAAGCAGAAUGCAUCAUCAGAGAGGGUGUUCAGCAUGGUUAGAAAAAUAGUGACAGAAUAGAACAAGGAUGGACAAUUCAACCCUUAACUCAACAAUGAGUAGAUGAGUGUUAUGUGUGUGUAUAUGUGUAAAUAAAUGAACACUGAA